GCAUACCCCUGUAAUGUUCCUCCUGAUUAUUUCCAGCAGCUUCAGGGGGUGGCUCGCAUGUGUUCCUGAACACAUACUGUCAGCUACCAGUAGUGCCUGCCAUAUUCUUGCUCUUGAGUUCUGGCUUUUCUCUGCUGCUGUCUGCUGCUGAGGCCUACAGAGCUUAACACAGACCACAGGACUGGACUAGCGCAGAGAAUCUGUGCCAGGGGUUAUGGACUUGUGCAUUCUCCCUGUUGCUGAACCAUGUGCAUCUUCUUGAUUCGCUUCCCUUCAGAAGACUCUUCUCUCCUAGGAGGCUUCAAGGAGGUGAGGACAAGCCGGAGUUUGGGCUGUGCCCUCCGAAGUCUGCUGCAGCUCUCAGCCAGCAGCUCUGAGAAUGGAGUGGUCCACCCGGGAGCUGUUCAUCAACUUCACCAUUGUCCUGGUUACAGUUGUGCUCAUGUGGCUUCUCGUGAGGUCCUACCAGUACUGAGAGGCCAUGCUGUGACACUGCCUGCUCUGUGGCCCGAGACCCCACUGCCCUCACUGCCAUGGGAUGCCGCUCUCAGCCCCUCCAGGCGCCUCUGGCCGCACUGCAGUGUCCGACGUGCCCCCUGCUAGGAUCGACUGUGUGUUCUCUAAAGGUGCCGCUCUUAAGGUCUGCCAAGAGCUUGCAAGUGAGCGUUAGAUUGAUUUCCCCAACUCUUACUGCAAGUGUGUUAGACGAGCCACAAGGUUAAAAUUAAACUGGAUUCAGGAUGACGUGGAAUUGCAACAAACCCCGAUGUGUCUCCCCACACUUCAACCCACACUGUCUGUGAUCAAACUCCAGUUCGACCUGUAGGAAGGAAUGGUAGAGGAAGUCCUGGUCAGCCCCGACCGCUGUCAUGUGAAUAAAGUGAAGUCAGCCACAAAAACAACUUCUAGAAUUUAUUUUAGUUUCUCUGUGUGAUGCAGCAUUUGACCUUUGUCUGGGAUUGGAGUGACAAAUGUUAUAGUAUUUCUAGCUUCUGAGAUGAGCCAAGAUGCUCCAGCUGCUGAGGAUUUGAAACCCACUUGACCGCGAGUGUCACGUUUCACAUAAUUACACUGGUUCGGUGCUCCUCAGACUUUCCCCCUAAACUAGUCCCUAGGACAGAAGGAGAAUGACCCCUUCCUAUUAGGACGUCUGGGUCUGGCCUGAACCGCCAGCUAAAAGUGCAAGAUUUCUUUGAAGUCUUGCAUUUUAUCUUUAGAAUUCACAAGAAAACUAUUGUCAACUCUAUAAUAUCUUCGUGUUUAGUUUUCAUAUAAAUAUUUAAAGUUAUUUAUACUGAGUAAAACUAGAACAUGAGUCAUGUCUUGAAGAGUACCAUGUUCCCGUUUGGGUGUUGUUAUUAUGCAAAUAAAGCUAGUCAUUAAUAA